CGCGCGUCGAACGCCGCCGACUCAUCCAACAAUAUAUUAUUCUCGACAUACAAACUUUAAUUCAUUUUUCGAAAAUAAAUUAAAUUUAUUUCGUGUCAAAAUCUUUUCUGCCAAAAUGAAAACGAAGAUUAUCGUCUUUCUCGCUAUCUCUCUAUGCGCAUACGCCGCAGAAGUAAAAGAGAAGAGCAACGCAUCCGAUCCCGAGCAGAACAAAGAGAAAAGACAAACUCAAGAUGAAUUCGUGCCAUCGCAACUCAUCUAUCGGGCAGCGAGGAAACAGGAACAAGUCGCCCCGGUCGAGGAACAACAAGAGGACGAUGAUCGGGAUCAAGUCAGCCGAGCUGACCAGCAAGAGUACCGUCCUGGACAGGUGUUCUCCCUCAAUGCGCAGGAGUUGUUAGAGCUGCAGCCCGAACGCAAGGCUCCGCUGGGCAGCAACACGCAGUUGCAGCAACUGUACGCCAACCCUCAGCCCGAUCACCGACAAAACUUGCAGCAGAUCUACUACCUGGAGCCUCAGAGACAGGUCUCGCUCCAGCCAUCGCACGCUGUGAUCGCUCGACCUCAUUACUCGUCGAAUGGUGGCGAGGCUUCAGUUGGUGCAGCGUUAUCCGUGUCUGAUGCUGGAGUCAGUCCGUCUGCAUCCUACGAUCGCGACGAGCUGUUGAAACUUCUGUCCAUCGGAGAACCCGCAGAACGCCAAGACGACCGUCCGCAAUAUCAACAACCCCAAGCUCAAAGCAUCGCACCACAGUACCAGCAGGUUUCCACGCAGAGUAUUGCGCCUCAGUAUCAACAGGUCGAUAGAUACAUCACGAAACCAAGCAAGAAACCCACGAAACUCCGCUCGAAGGUCCAUUCUCACAUUGCGCCGCCACAGGCCUCUGUCGCCCCGCAACAGUACCUGAUUGAGACCACCAACGUGCAACAACAGCCGCAACCAGCGUCGCAGCAGUACAGGCCCGCUCCUCAGCCACAGCGUGCUCCUCAAGCUCUGCGAUAUGUCCCCGUACCCACAGCCCAGGCAUUUGUUCAACAAGCUCUCUAUGAACGCCCCGAGUCUCAAGGGCUAAAAAUAGUAGCCCCGCCAAAACUACAACAACAACCUCGCCCUCAACUCGCUUACAGAGUGCUCCCUCAAUAUCCCCAACCAGAAGCUUCUCCUAAACAAUACCGAAUUGUUGAAGCCCCGAGAUCUCAACCCAUCAGGCAAGAACAAAGGGUGCCCGCUUCCAGUGUCGAACGUCCGGUCACUUAUCUGAAAAGAUUCCCUGAACCUGAAAAGAUGCGGUCUGUAAAGAUUUACGAUCCAGUGCCUCAAGACGUAUUGCCCCAACAACAGCCCCAGUUAGUUGGUGAACAGUACUAUCUCAGACCGGUAUACAGAAGCGAGCCACGAAGCAGGUACGAUUUGGCUCCGCUUACCCACAGACAAUUAGUCGAGCAGCCGCGCGCUAUCGAGCCCACCAAGCCUCCACACUCCGCCAUCUAUGUCAGCCAAAAAUUAUCUCCCAAGAAAAUCACGAGACCAACGGUCAGAACAGAACAGCCUACAAGAGAGCCAUCGCUCAGAGUGGAGCAGCAGGCGAGCUCGGAGCAGGUCAGCAUUGAACAGCAUGGGCAGAAUCUUGAGGAACAAAGGUCGCAGUUGCCUCCUCCUAAGAAUAACAGGGCGUACACUCCGGAAGAGUUUGCAGCCUUGGUAGCAGCCGGCUAUGCGGUGACCCCUAUCCCCGUAGCUCCCGUGGGCCUGCAAGUCGCGCAGUCCAGAUCAUCGGUGGAGGCGGCGCCGCCGCCGGUGCCUCAGCGCCGGACAGUCUACAGCGCCAGACGCCACCAGUAUCUGCCUCUCAGAGGAGACGACGCACCCUAAAUAGCA